AUGGGUAUGUCAUUUUCGAAAAUGCUUGAUAAGCUAUGGUUUGGCAAGAAGGAGAUGCGAAUUCUUAUGGUCGGUCUCGAUGCUGCCGGAAAGACCACCAUCCUCUACAAACUGAAGCUUGGCGAGAUUGUCACAACCAUCCCCACCAUCGGAUUCAACGUUGAGACUGUCGAGUACAAGAACAUUCAAUUCACCGUGUGGGAUGUCGGUGGUCAGGACAAGAUCCGACCACUGUGGAGACACUACUUCCAGAACACCCAGGGUAUCAUCUUCGUCGUCGACAGCAACGAUCGUGACCGUGUUGUCGAGGCCAGAGAAGAGUUGCAAAAGAUGCUCAACGAGGAUGAACUACGGGAUGCUUUGCUUCUCGUUUUCGCCAACAAGCAGGAUCUCCCCAACGCCAUGAGCCCUGCCGAGAUCACCUCACAGCUUGGUCUACAGACCUUGACACGACGUGCCUGGUACAUCCAAUCUACCUGUGCCACUACCGGAGAUGGUCUCUACGAGGGCCUCGAAUGGCUCGCCGGCGCCCUGAAGAAGGCUGGUUACGAGUAA